AUGUCCGCUGCAGCAGCUAACGAUGUCGUUUCUUUCGAGGACCGACCAACGGCCGAUCAGGCCAAACCCCACAACAAUCUCCUUGUCAUCGAGCUGACGAUCCAGGACAUCGACGUAGCGAGAGUGUUGGUCGACACCGGAUGCUCGGCCAAUAUUAUCUACAAAAGCACCCUCGAAAGAAUGGAGAUCGAUCUGGGCACCGUUACGGAAAGACACAGCCCGAUAUUCGGACUCUCGGGAAAUGCUACUAUGACUCUCGGCUCGAUCGACCUCGUUGUUAAAUCCAGGAGCGUCAUCAAAGUCACGGAAUUCUUAGUCAUUGACCGCCCAACAUCGUACAACGCGAUCGUCGGUACUCCAUGGCUUAAUUCCAUGCGAGCGAUACCUUCGACAUUCCAUCUGUGCCUUAAGUUUUCAACCCCUCGUGGAGUCAAAACUAUACAAGGUGACCGCAGGAUGUCGCAAGUAUGUUUCGCCGCCGAGUUAAAAAAAAUGAACUUAGCGAUCGAAACUUCCCAUAAAAAGAAAAGAAAGCUGUCUCUCGAUGAGAACGCCCCGGAACGAGACUCAGAAGUCUUCUUGCAAUCUCAAAGGGCCGAAGCCCUAGAAGGGAAGCGCGAACCGGUAAUUUCGAUCUGCCUCGAUGAAUCCUCUCCGGAACGAUGCGUCGGGAUUGGAGCCAACCUCCGCGAGCCACUAAAGACGGAGCUCAUCGCCUGUCUCAAAAAGAACCUCAAUGCGUUCGCUUGGGCCGCAGAAGAUAUGCCAGGGAUCGAUAACGGCAUAACGUGUCAUGAGCUUAACACCGAUCCGACCUACAGACCCGUCCAACAAAAAAGGCGGAAGCUAGGACCAGAGCGUGCCACCGCGGUAAAUGAGGAAGUCGAAAGACUCCUGAAGGUCGGAUCAAUAACAGAAGUUAGGUAUCCAGACAGGCUCGCUAACCCAGUCAAAAAGAAAAACGGCAAAUGGCGACCAAUCCUAGGCAGAUAA